AGUCACCUGAAGCGUUUACCUGCGAGGUGUGCCUGUUGGACUGCUGGCCGAGGACAUGUGUGGCUCGCAUUUGGAGCAGACAAAUCAAGGUGGUAGCAGUGUGAACCAGCUUGGUGGGACGUUCCUCAACGGGAGACCUCUUCCGGACUCCAAGAGGAGGAAAAUGGUGGAAUUGGCCUCCGAGGGGGUCCGGCCCAGCCAGAUCUCCAGGAUCCUGAGGGUGUCCACAGGCUGCGUCAGCAAGAUCCUGAGCCGCUACAGACUUACUGGCCUCCUGCAGCCAAAAACAAUCGGCGGGAGUAGACCACGACUACUCACCCCCGCCGUCAUCUCCGCUAUCGUUCAGCACAAAAGGGACAACCCGUCCGUUUUUGCUUGGGAGAUUAGGAAAAGUCUUCUGGCCAUGAGGAGCUGCAAGGCUUCCAAAGUUCCCAGCGUGUCUUCCAUAAACCGAAUUCUAAGACAGAUCCCAGUGGAGCCACGGGCCUGGAUGGACAGCCAUGCAGCCUGCAGGACUGAAGACAGUUUUUCCAGCACCAGCAUGGAGACAAAAGGUGUCCCUCUGAGGACGAGAACAACCUUCACCCAGCAGCAGACCAAGGUCUUGGAGAAAGCGUUCUCCCAGAGUCAGUAUGCGGACAUGUUCACCAGGGACAAGUUGUCCAACCAGACCCAGCUUGCAGAGGAGACCAUCAAGGUGUGGUUCUCAAACAGGCGGGCCAAAUGGAGACGGGAGGUCCAACAAAGUAUUCCUCAGAGCGUCUCAGCUCACCAGGACAGUAGACCUGGACCAUCCUUGUGGACUGGCAUCCCUCUCAGGUGUCCUACUGUCCACCCCGCAUGCCUCCCACUGGACCCAGAGGUUCUGGAGGUGUUGAGUGUGGACCACUUAACUCGACCCAGACUCUGGUCCACCAUGAUCCCAAAACCAGCAGGAGGACGUGUGUGUAAAGACCGGAAGAAGAGAGGACUAAGUUUAGUCUUUGAGACAACGUCCUUCCUGUCUGUGUCGUGCCUGCAAGGAAGAAGCGGGCAGUCAGCGAGCAGCGCAGUAACACACAGCGGCCAGCAGAGGUCGCCAAAUAACACAUGACUGCAUGAGGUCCUUUACGACUCAAGAAUGAUUAAAGCGGACAUUUUAAAAA